AUGAUAGGCAUAGUAUUGUUGUGUACGAUCUCCAUCUUUCUCUUCCCCACGGCUAACGCACGAGUGAUCGAAGAUGGUGCCAUUCCCCGAACUUCAGACAUCGUUGUGUUAUUGCCAGAUGAAAAAUCGGAACAAAUACCAUGUGGCAAGAAAUGUUGCAGUAAAAACUCGAUUUGCUGUCAUGAUAAAAAAUACUGCUGCAUGGAAAUCGGAUCCUUACCACCCAUGAUUGGGACUCCAGGAAAUUGCGAUGAAAUGAAAAGUAUCAGGAACGGAAAAAAAAUUGAACCAGAAGUGAAAGAGGGUUCAUGCUUGGAUGACAAUGUGGAAGCCAAGGCAGGACUCCAGAAGAUCCCAGUGCUUCGCUCUUAA